CACCCUUUGAGGAGGUACGGCGCGGCUCCCAUCUGCAAAGUACGUGACAAAGAACGAAGACGGUGUGUCACUGGCUGAUAUGGCAUUGGUGCAUCAGGAUAAGGUCUUCGUGGAUGCAUGGUACUAUCUAAAGGAUUCCGUUUUGGAGGUAGUCGUCCCUCUGAACUCCGCCUACGGGAUGCCGGUGUUCGAUUACAUAGGCACAGAUCCACGGUUCAACAAGGUGUUCAACGCUGGCAUGAGGGGCCUCUUCUGCGUCAUCGUCAUCAAUCUGCUCCGCGUCUACGGUGGUUUCGAUGAUGUGGAGAUACUCGUAGAUGUCGGUGGCAACGACGGUGCCAUCCUCCAGAUGAUUACCUCCAGGCACACACACAUCAAGGGCAUCAACUACGACCUGCCCCAUGUCAUCUCCGGUACCAAGCCCCUGCCAGGUGUUAAACACGUCCACGGAAACAUGUUCAAAACUGUUCCAAGCGGAGACGCGGUGUUCUUGAAGUGGAUUCUUCAUGACUGGAGCGACGAACACUGUAUGAAAAUAUUGAAAAACUGUUGGAAAGCGUUGCCACAACAUGGAAAGAUAAUUGUGGUAGAACAUGUGCUUCCAGCAGUCCCAGAGCCGACUGCAAAUGCUCAAGCUGUCUUUCAAUUGGAUCUUGCCAUGAUGGUUUACUGCGUUGGUGGGAAAGAGAGGACUGAGAAGGAGUUCAAGGCCUUGGCAACGGAAGCCGGGUUCCCCGGGUUCAAAGCUUCUCAUGUGUUUGCGGACACUUGGGUCAUGGAAUUCAUCAAGUAGAUGAUUGUUACGGCUUGUUGCCGGUUGCUGGAAGUCACAGAAAUAAUUUUACUGUAUCUGAUACUAAAUAUGAAGGAUCCAUCGUAUUAGUGUGUGUUCA